AUGACUCGAAUGCAUCAGAAUAAGAAGCCGAAGCCGUCUCCUGCAGCUGCGUCGGCAUACCACCACAUCGACACAAGCGAGUGGCCGGCAUUUCCAGUCUCCACGAUUAUCAGUUCCGUGUGUCGUGUUCGUCUCCACGGACAAAGCGAGGGCGAUGAUGUUCUUCGACUCAUUGAUUCCUUCUUGACCACACCGUUCGAUUCACUCACGUUGUUGAAAGCGUACCAGCGCUCGGGCGGCAGUCUGCGUUUGCUUCAGUACUUGGCAGUCCGUGAAUUAAGAAUAGAGAAUCCGUCUCGCCAUCUCUGGGAAGUCAACGUUGUCACUCGUCAAAUGGCAGCCCGUGGCGACUUGCAAAGUCUGAAGUGGAUCAUUAAGACCUUGUUGCCGGGCGACUUUGUCAUGACAGAUAUUGUCUAUCAAGUCUCUGCCAAUGGUCACAUCUGCGUGCUACAAUGGCUCUGGGAAAACCAUCGUGACAUGGGCCAUUGGGGUGGCGACGAGUUGUGCGGAGCGAUCAGCAAUCGGCAUUCAACGGUCGUAGAGUGGCUCAAAACUCGCGUCGUGGUUCGGCCGGAAUUUGCUCAUUGCAUUGUCCAGGAAGCAGUAGCGUCCGGAAAUUUGGAGAUUGUACAGUGGCUGCACGAGAGGUUUCGCGUAGCUCUUGUUGAUGCAGUGAAGACCGCAGCACGACGCGGCGAGUGGACAAUCGUGCGAUGGAUUUUGGACAAUGGCAAGCCUGCGGAUCGGAAGGCUGCACUAAGUUGCGAUGCUCUCUAUGCAAGUGCAGCAAGGGUUGGCAACAUCGAUAUGCUUCAGCUCCUCUUUGACCGUGGCCUUCCACGAAAGCCUGUGUUCGUCCUUGAAAGUGCAAUCUUAGGUGGUCACUUGCACGCUGUCAAAUGGCUGCACGAAGAGAAGGGGAUCACAAACGUAGUUGCUGGGUACGUCAGGGCUGCCAGAAGGGGUCAGCUGGACAUGUUAACGUACCUGUUCGAGAACAAAGUGAUUGCGACUCCGUACCUGUUUCCGAUCGAUGCUGCGGCUGCAGCGGGACAUCUUGAAGUUGUGCAGUGGCUACACCGGCACACCGAAACCAAGUGCACGGAACUAGCUAUGGCCGAAGCUGCGGGUAAGGGGUACCUGCAUAUAGUCCAGUGGCUCCAUGCAAACCGCUCGGAAGGAUGUAGCCACCUUGCAAUGGACUGCGCUGCUAGAUACGGCCAUCUUGAUGUAGUCAAGUGGCUCUACGCAAACAGCACGGAAGGAUGUAGUCGCAUUGCAAUGGAAGAUUCAGCGUGGUAUGGAAAUUCCGACGUAGUCAAGCAGCUGAGAAAUGACGAGAAGACGUGA